AGCCGCGCGCCGCUGGGUGCGUGUGGGCUGGGGCAAGCACCCGCCGUCCGGGGCGAGCCCCGCUCCACAGCCUGCGCCGAGGCGCGAGCUCCCUCCCCUGGGCUCGCGCCAGCAAAGGCUCCCCGCGCUCUCGCUCCAGCAGCCGCUGAAGUUCAGUCCAACUCUGCCGCGCCUCCUGCGGAGCCCGGCCGGCCCCUGCGCCCCUCGCCGGGUGGGCUCCCUCUGCAGGCGCGGCGCCCCGGUCGCCUGCUCCCCGGCGGCCCCCUGCAAGGGAGCGGGUGCUGCCGCGGUCCUCCCUCCACCCCCAGUCUCUCCUCAGCCCUCAGCCCGGCCCGGCUGGGUGCUGCGGGACAUGAGCCUCUCCUCGGCGCCGGCUCCUUUCGCCUUCGCUUUCGUGCUGUGCUUGGCCGCGGGGCAGUCGGUCCCCAUGAGACAGAGCGCAUAUGGGUCCCUCGCUGAAGUGAUGCAGAGAUGGAAAGAAUAUCAGCUCCAGUGCCUGAAGUAUCUCUAUGAGACGCCCCCUCUUGUGGCAGAAGGCAAGUUCUGCAGCAGGACAUUGGAUGACUAUGCCUGCUGGCCUGAUGGGCUACCUGGGUCCUAUGUGAAUGUAAGCUGCCCUUGGUAUCUUCCUUGGGCCAGCACAGUGCUCCAUGGACAAGUUUACCGUUUCUGCACUCCUGAGGGCACUUGGCUGCUGAAGGAGAAUUCCACCCUGCCAUGGAAGAACAUUUCUGAAUGUGAGGCAUCAGAUGGGGACGCACCAGAGGAACAACUCCUCUACGUGUCGGUCAUCUACACCAUUGGAUAUGCUCUUUCAUUCUCUGCCCUGGUAAUAGCGACUGCCAUCCUUCUUGGAUUCAGGCAUCUGCACUGCACUAGGAAUUACAUUCACCUGAAUCUCUUCACUUCUUUUAUCCUACGUGCUGUAUCUGUCUUCAUUAAGGACUCUGUGGUGAAGUGGAUGUACAAAACAGCUACGCCUGAGCACCAGUGGGAAGGACUCAUCUCCUACCAGGAGUCACUCAGCUGCCGCCUGGUUUUUGUGAUGAUGCAGUAUUGUGUGGCUGCAAACUACUACUGGCUGUUGGUGGAAGGCAUGUACCUGUACACACUGCUGGUCCUGUCGGUCUUUUCUGAACAGAGAAUUUUUCGGCUUUAUCUCUGCAUUGGCUGGGGUGUACCAAUGCUGUUUGUUAUCCCCUGGGGAAUUGUCAAGUACCUUUAUGAAGAUGAGGGUUGCUGGACCAGAAACCAAAACAUGAAUUACUGGCUGAUCAUCAGACUGCCCAUUCUAAUCGCCAUUGGGGUGAAUUUCCUGAUCUUUAUCAGAGUUAUAUGCAUCAUCAUUUCCAAGCUGCAAGCAAAUCUGAUGUGCAAAACUGAUACAAAAUGCAGAUUGGCCAAGUCUACAUUGACUCUGAUCCCGCUGCUGGGGACCCAUGAGGUCAUCUUUGCCUUUGUUACUGAUGAGCACGCCAGAGGAACGCUACGCUUUGUGAAGCUCUUUUGUGAACUGUCCUUCAACUCCUUCCAGGGACUCAUGGUGGCAAUUCUCUACUGCUUCAUCAACAACGAGGUUCAGACAGAGUUUCGGAAAAGCUGGGAACGCUGGAGACUGGAACACUUUUAUGUCCAGAGAGACAGCAGUAUGAAACCACUGAAAUGUCCAGCCAACAGCCUCAGCAGUGGCGGCACAGUGGGCAGCAGUGUCUAUGCUGCCACUUGCCAAGCCACAUUCAGCUAGGAUUGCUACAGAUUGCCCAAACUGAACUGUAGGAGGCACCUGAAGACCCUCAAAUACCCAGGCACGCAGCUUAAAAAUGUUUGCUGGACCCAGAGACUUAACCUUCUAUUGCUCGUUGCUGGAGGCAGCUGGACAAGGCUUUCUAAGGAAAGCAGUCUGCUAAUGUAAUCAACACAUCAGAAGAUAAAUUGAGCAUGUCUAAAGUAAGUUUUAAGAGUUUGUUCCUGUUAAUACACGAGGCCUCCAGGUGUCCAAAACUUAAGCAGUGCAUUGAUCCAGUCACAAACCACAGGGUCAAUGGCUUAUUAUUGUAGGUGGGCGAGCUGAGAUCCACUGAUUAAAUUACAAGAAUACAGAACAUGACUAUUGACAAUAAACCAUGUUUGUACUUUUACUGGGAAAGGUGAGGCUGAUAUUCACUAUUUUUAGAAAGAGACAUUAGUGGAGUUUGAACAUAUUUCUUUGUGGCACAGUCACUGGGCCACAACAGUUAAAUGGAAAGAGCAUCCCUAAAUCAAGGUUGGAGGUCUGCUUCACUGCUUGAUGCGAAGGGGCAAAUAUGGGGCAUUCAUAAAGCCUAUAACUAGAAACAGUAAUGUGCACACUACUGAUUAUUUUUUUUUAAGCUUCAUUUGGAGAAGUAUGUUCUUUGUAUAUCAGGGGCCUAUCCUCCCAUUAAUGAGUAUGGGUUCUUUGGGUUAACGCUGAUAGUGUAACACCUGAACAUUAAUCUUUUACACAGCACUCUGCACUGUCAGUUGGUUGCACAAAUAUUAAUAUGGAUGGAAGUAAUGAGUUGCACCUCAGAGUAAGUGGCUGACCGUGGAUGUUUUCUGUGGAUGGUAUGCUCCGUUUCUUGGGUGUACAAACAUGCAAAAGUUAUACUGUGGCCAUUACACAUCUUGCAAAAUUUUCUUCACUUUGAAAUAACAGAAUUCUUGGAGUUCGCUCAUGUACUCUCUCAAUUUCCUUGUCUCUUGCCUUGUUUGUUUUCUUUUGGCAUGAUGUAUCUUCAAGGCUCUUUUCUCAUGAUGCCAGGAACUAAAAUAUUGUUCUUUGAGUUUAUUUGGUAACUACACUUUUAGCACUGAGGACAGCUCCCUGCUGUACUUUCUCUUCUGUGCUGGAGCUAUUUAAAUGUAUACUCUUAAUGAGCCUUUAAAAUGUCACCAUUUACAAUGUUGCAAGAUGAAAGGAAAUAUUUAUGUAAACUCAAAAGUUUUUUUCUAAAAAUGAGUGAAUCCAGUCCAGAGGACCACUCAAAGUGCUAACUGCUCUCAACUCCUGCUGAAAUCUACAGGAGCUGAGUGCGCUCAGCACUGUGAAGGGCAGAGCCUACAUAAGAAGAUUAAGAGAAGCUAUAUACCCCUUGCCCCAGUUGCUUGGGCUAGAGCUACACUACACACUUCAGUAUAACUACCUUGCUCAGGCAUAUCAAACCUCUGAACAACGUAUUUAUUAUAACAACCUUAACCCCCCACCCCUCCUAUGUAGACAGCACUAUGUCAGCAGCAGAUCUUCUCCUGCUGACAUAGCUACUGCCUCUUACAGAGGUGGAGUAACUAAGCUGACAGGAGACGUCUCUCCCAUCGGCUUAGAGCAUCUUCACCAGAAGUGCUAC